AUGAGGGCUCAUUCUGUUUUUAGGACUCAAGUCCGCUCUCUUACCAGGCCCUCUGGAGUUUCAACUAAACUCCAAUGCGGCGUCUAUCGACGAUGCAUUACCACUGCUCCUCUCCGAAGCUUCGCUACUAUUCCCCGUAGCGCCCCAGUGAUAGGACGAUGGCAGCAGGUCCGAUAUUCCUCUGCCGCAGCUUCUGUGUUGGAACAAGCUGCGGCGGACCCAACUACACUCACUCAAUCUGCGAUCAUUGAAAAUAUGGAUGAAGCAGAAAUGAAUCGGUUAUCUAAAGUCAGAAACAUUGGAAUUGCGGCACAUAUCGACAGCGGUAAAACCACUUCGACAGAGCGAAUCCUCUACUAUACCGGCCGUAUCGCAGCUAUCCACGAAGUUCGCGGACGGGAUUCCGUUGGUGCUAAGAUGGACUCCAUGGACCUGGAGCGUGAGAAAGGUAUCACGAUUCAAUCAGCGGCCACCUUUUGCGACUGGGUCAAGCGAGAAAAUGGAAAAGAAGAAAAAUACCACAUCAAUUUAAUUGAUACGCCUGGACACAUCGAUUUCACAAUCGAAGUUGAGAGAGCCCUGCGUGUUCUGGAUGGCGCAGUCUUGAUUGCCUGUGCCGUGUCCGGUGUUCAGUCGCAGACUAUGACCGUCGACCGACAGAUGAGACGCUACAAUGUUCCGCGAAUUUCUUUCAUCAAUAAGAUGGACAGAAUGGGUGCAAAUCCUUUCAAGGCCAUUGAGCAAAUUAACCAGAAGCUGAAGAUUGCGGCUGCCGCUGUUCAAGUACCAAUUGGCGCUGAGGAUGAAUUUGAGGGUGUUGUGGAUUUGAUUCGGAUGAAGGCUAUCUACAAUGAGGGUUCCAAAGGUGAAAUUGUAGUGGAAAAGGAUGAAAUUCCAGAGAAAGUCAAGGCCAUCGCAGAAGAACGGAGGAGAAUGCUUAUCGAAACGCUCGCCGAUGUGGAUGAUGAAAUUGCUGAGCUUUUCCUCGAGGAGAAAGAACCCACCCAAGAGCAGAUCAAGGCUGCGAUUCGACGUUCCACAAUCGCUCUGAAAUUUACACCUGUCUUUAUGGGAUCCGCUCUCGCGGAUAAGUCAAUACAGCCCAUGCUGGAUGGCGUUUGUGAUUACCUCCCGAAUCCUUCUGAAAUUGAGAAUCUCGCACUCGACCAAAAGAGAGACGAAGCCCCUGUCAAACUCGUGUCUUAUAACUCUCUUCCGUUCGUUGGUCUUGCUUUCAAGCUCGAGGAGAGCAACUAUGGACAACUUACAUAUAUUCGUGUGUACCAAGGUACACUUCGGAAGAGCUCCAAUGUCUUUAAUGCUAGAAGCGGCAAGAAAAUCAAGGUUCCGCGAAUUGUGCGAAUGCAUUCAAAUGAGAUGGAAGAUGUGGAUGAGAUCCCUGCUGGCGAGAUCUGUGCUGUGUUUGGCGUUGACUGCGCGUCCGGAGAUACCUUUACCGAUGGUCAACUCGCCUACAGCAUGAGUUCGAUGUUCGUUCCCGAACCCGUCAUUUCGUUAUCGAUCCGGCCGAAAAACUCAAAAGAUUCGUCGAAUUUCUCCAAAGGUAUCAAUCGCUUUCAGCGCGAGGACCCUACCUUCCGUGUUCAUUUUGACGAAGAGAGUGAAGAGACCAUUAUCUCCGGUAUGGGUGAGUUGCAUCUCGAAGUUUAUGUUGAGCGCUUGCGCCGCGAGUACCGCGUCGACUGUGUGACCGGCAAACCACAAGUUGCAUAUCGGGAGACAAUUGGUGAGAAGACUGAGUUCGAUCACUUGCUUAAAAAACAAACUGGCGGUCCUGGAGACUUUGCCGGAGUUGUGGGUUGGCUGGAGCCGACAGGAAGCUUGGAGCAAAACAGAUUCGAGCAGCGAAUUGUUGGUGGUGCCAUUUCCGAGAAGUACAUCUACGCUUGCGAAAAGGGCUUCAAUCUGGCUUGUGAAAAGGGCCCGUUGACUGGACAUAAAGUCCUUGGAACUCAAAUGAUCAUUGUCGACGGUUCCACCCACGUAACUGAUUCAUCCGAAAUGGCCUUCAAGAUCGCCACCCAGCAAGCUUUCCGGAAAGCUUUCAAGAAUAGCAAGCCUCAGGUUCUUGAGCCGAUGAUGAAGACUGUCAUCACUGCUCCAGUUGAAUUCCAGGGUGAUAUUAUUGCGCUUCUAAAUAAGCGCAAUGCCGUUAUCAAUGAUACUGACACCGGCGUUGAUGAAUUUACGGUAUACGCGGACUGCAGCUUGAACGGUAUGUUCGGCUUCAGCACCCAUCUUAGAGCUGCCACUCAAGGAAAGGGGGAAUACACCAUGGAAUUCAGCCACUAUGAACGAGCUCCAGGUCAACUACAAAAACAACUCAUUGCCGAAUACGAAGCCGCCCAGGCUGCAAGACACAAGAAAUAG